AUGGCCAUUCAAUCCAAGAUCGCCAUCGUCGGCGGCGGCAUCAGCGGCGUCGCCGCCGCACGGCAGCUGGCGGAGCACAAUCCGGUGGUGUUCGAGGCGACCGACACUCUCGGAGGCGUGUGGAAGCACUGUUCUUAUGCGUCGACAAAGCUACAAACGCCGCGUUGCGAUUACGAAUUCUCCGACUUCCCUUGGGAUCGUCGCGACAACUCCAAUUUCCCGUACGCGCACGAGAUCGUCGACUACGUCUACUCGUACGCGAAACGCUUCGACGUCCUCAAGUUUGUGAAGUUCAAUUCCAAGGUCGUCGAGAUUAAGUUCGUCGGACGCUUCGAGAAAUCGGACGGCGACUACGGGAGGCUGCUCCCCGGAGAACCCGUUUGGGAAGUCGGAGUUAAGACGGGAUCCUCCGACGACGUCGAGUGGUACGCAUUCGAGUUCGUCUUGAUUUGCUCCGGAAAGUACGGCGACGUUCCGUCAAUCCCGAAAUUCUCGGCUGGGAAAGGCCCGGAAGUUUUCCGGGGACGGGUGAUGCAUACGCUCGACUACUGCAAGCUCAGCCCCGAGGAAUCGACCAAGCUUCUCAAGGACAAGAAGGUUGUGAUAAUCGGGUCGAAGAAAUCGGCGCUCGACUUGACCGUGGAAACGGUGGAAGCGAACCGAGGGCCCAACGGAAAACCUUGUACGAUGAUUGCGAGAGACGUACAUUGGAAUGUCCCGCAUUACUCGAUUUGGGGGUUGCCGUUUUACAUGUUCUACUCGACCCGCGCCGCACAGUUCCUCCACCGGGGGCCUAACCACGGCGUGCUUCGAUCGCUACUUUGCUACAUGCUUUCUCCGAUGAGGAGCGCGUUAUCGAAGAUGAUCGAGUCGUACUUAGCGUGGAAGCUUCCGUUGGCGAAGUACGGGAUGAAGCCUACGCAUUCGUUCCAAGAGGACUACGCGUCGUGUCAAAUGCCCAUCUUACCUGAAAACUUUUACCCCGAAGUCGAGAAAGGGAAUAUCCGAAUAAAACGAUCGAACUCGUCAUGGUUUUGGGAAGGCGGCGUAGAGCUCGAAGACGGGACCAAGUUGGAUGCCGAUGUUGUCGUGCUCGCCACCGGCUACGAUGGGAAAAGGAAACUCCGAGCGAUAAUUCCCGAACCCUUCCGUAGCCUCCUCGAAUCCCCGAUGGGAAUGAUGCCCUUAUACAGGGGUACGAUAAAUCCGCUCAUACCGAACAUGGCGUUCGUCGGAUACAUCGAGAGCGUCUCGAAUCUGCACACGGCCGAGAUGCGAUGCAAGUGGCUGUCGAGGCUCGUCGGCGGAAAGUUCAAGCUCCCGAGUGUUGACAAAAUGCUCGAACAAAUCACGCGGGAGAUGGAGAUCAUGAAAGCGUCGACGCGAUUCUACAAGCGCAGCUGCAUUUCGACGUUUAGCAUAAACCAUACCGACGAAAUCUGCGAAGAGAUGGGAUGGAGUUCCCGAAGGAAGAACAGCUGGAUCGCUGAGGCAUUCAGCCCGUACACCAGCCAAGACUAUUACGACGACGACAAAAACUAA